AUGGCGUCGAGACCGUCCUUUUCAAGCUAUCGUUCAGACUUUCCGGAUGAGAGCAAGUCGUACUCGUCGACGACUCACCUCGCUACGCCGAACAAGGAAUGGGAUGUUGGCGGAAUCGUACCACCCCUCCCGAAUCAAUACUCUGCAUACCCCCCUCAGUCACCUUACGGUCAACCCUACAGUAAUCAGCCAUACGGUCAAGCGCCUCCUCAGACCCCAAUGACUCCCGCUGGAGGUUCUCAUCAUUGGCACCAGGUCCGAAAUCAACUGCUUGAACGACGGGUCGUCAAGCAGAUUCCUCUGGUCAAUGGAAACUUGAUCAUGGACGUGCCCGUGCCAAAGGGAGUAGUCCCUACGGGUGGCGGAAUGGGUUUCGAAAAGGAUGAAGUGACCAAAAUGAGAUAUACCGCCGCGACUUGCGACCCCGACGACUUUAUGAGGCGCAAAUUCUCCUUGAGGCAGUACCUGUGGGGAAGAAAGACUGAGCUAUUCAUCGUCAUGACGAUGUACAACGAGGAUUCCGUCCUUCUUCUCCGUACCCUCAACGCCGUCAUCAAGAAUAUUGCCCAUCUCUGCACACGGAACCGAUCAAAGACAUGGGGGGCUCAAGCCUGGCAAAAGGUAGUCGUCUGCAUCGUCGCCGAUGGCCGAAAGGUCGUUGAUGCCAGAGUACUCAAAGUUCUACAGCUCAUGGGAGUGUACGCCGAGGGAGUCAUGAAGGACACCGUAUUGGACAAGGAGACCCAAGCGCACAUCUUCGAGUACACCUCCCAGAUAACCGUCUCGGAAACUGGAGAUGUCGGUUUCGGAUCCUGCCCCGUUCAGUUGAUCUUCUGUCUGAAAGAACAAAAUAAGAAAAAACUCAACUCGCAUCGGUGGUUCUUCAAUGCGUUCGGACCUCUAAUCCAGCCCAACGUCUGUGUCCUCCUCGACGUCGGCACCAAGCCCUCGGGUCGAAGUAUUUAUGAGCUCUACAAGGUCUUCGAGAAGCACGAGAACGUGGGCGGGGCAUGCGGAGAGAUCUUCGCCGAUACUGGCCCUUGGGGCAAGCUUCUGUUCAACCCGCUCGUUGCUGGACAGAAUUUUGAAUACAAGAUGUCCAAUAUUCUCGACAAGCCUUUCGAAUCGGUCUUUGGUUUGAUUUCAGUCUUGCCUGGAGCCUUCUCAGCCUACCGAUAUGCCGCCGUGUCGAACCACGCAGACGGCACGGGUCCCCUUGCUGCGUAUUUCCAUGGUGAAAUGAUGAAUCUACCUGGUGCCACUGCGUCCAUCUUUGACAGAAACAAGUUUUUGGCAGAAGAUCGUAUCCUUGCCUUCGAAAUCGUCUGCAAGAAGAACGCCAAAUGGAGGCUGCAAUACGUCAAGUCUGCCAAGGCUGGAACAGAUGUGCCGUCUCGUGUGCCGGAAUUCAUCUCCCAACGUCGACGAUGGCUCAACGGAUCGAUCUUCGCCGCCACAUACGCUAUGGUGUGCUUCUGGCGCAUCUGGACUUCUGGGCACAACAUCAUUCGAAAGUUCUUCCUUACCAUCUUGACUGUAUACAAUCUUGUCAAUUUGAUCUUCAAUGUGCUCUCCGUGUCUUCAUUCUACCUCGCGUUCUUCUUCUUGAUCGACUCGUCUGUGUCUGGCAGUAAAGAUCCAUUUGGCGGCUAUGGUCAGGACAUCUUCGAGGUCUUCAACAAGGUCUAUAUCGCGUUGAUCUUCAUCGUCAUCAUCUGUUCUCUUGGCAACAGGCCGCAGGGAUCGAAUUGGUUGUACACACUUUGCAUUCUGCUCUUUGCUUGCUGUCAAGGUAUCCUGCUCUACGUUGCCGCGUGGACGGUGUACGAGACUGUGCCCCACACUACGGAAGGCUGGACCAAUGUCAGUGCUCUGUUCGAGAACCAGACCUUUGUCGACCUCGCCCUAUCCCUGCUUGCAACGUAUGGAAUGUACCUCAUCUCGUCGAUCCUCUACUUCGAGCCCUGGCACAUGAUCACAUCGUUCGUGCAGUACCUGCUCCUGCUGCCUUCCUAUGUCAACAUUCUUCUCAUCUAUGCCUUUUGCAACCUUCACGAUGUGUCUUGGGGUACAAAGGGAGACAAUGGGUCGUCCAAGGAUCUGGGAGGCGCAAAGAAGGUCGAAAAGGACGGCAAGGAGAUGGCUGAGGUCGCUCUGCCGACUAAAGAAGAGGAUGUCGAGGCUCUCUGGCAACAGGCUCGUUCGGAAUUGCGUGUCCCUGCCAAAGAGGUCCAUGAGAAGCGAAGUGCAGAGACCAAGCGAUCAGACGAGGACCGAACGUUCCGAACGAAUGUCGUGCUUCUCUUCCUCGGUAUCAACAUGCUCGUCAUCAUGCUCUUCACUUCCUCAGUGUUUGUCAACUGGAUCAAGCAACAUAUCCCGACGGCCUCGGCCUCAGCGUUCAAUCCAUAUCUUACUUGCAUCUUCUACGCUGUCCUUGGUCUGUCAACCAUGAGAUUCACAGGCUGUGUCCUGUACCUCGUCUUCAGGAUAUUCGGGUUCUGA